GCUAAAUUACUCCACAAGAAAUCGUUCCUCUUCUUGCCUCCCCAUCGUCUUCGCUGUUCCAUUUUCGGCAGUAGCCUCUUUCGUCCGUCCCUGCCACAACCACCGCCUCAGCCGCCGACACCAGUAUCGCCACUGCCUCUGCAACAAUGGAAUCGUCCAUGCUCGUUGAAUGUAAAACACCACCGACUCGUCUCAGUGCCUCCACCACCAUGGACUCGCCCCUCUUCGACAACGAAGACGACCUCUACACUCGCCUAAAGUCAUUAGAGCGUCAAAUCGAGUUUAUUGAAAUCCAAGAAGAGUACGUCAAAGACGAACAAAAGAAUCUCAAGCGCGAACUCCUUAGGUCUCAAGAAGAAGUGAAGCGGAUCCAAUCGGUUCCGCUUGUGAUUGGUCAGUUCAUGGAGAUGAUCGAUCAAAAUAACGGUAUAGUAGGGUCAACUACAGGAUCUAAUUACUAUGUUAGGAUUCUUAGUACGAUUAAUCGCGAGCAAUUGAAACCCUCGGCGUCCGUGGCCUUACACCGUCAUUCAAAUGCGCUUGUUGACGUGUUGCCGCCUGAGGCUGACUCCAGUAUAUCUCUCCUUAGCCAGUCGGAGAAACCUGACGUUACCUAUAGUGAUAUUGGAGGUUGUGACAUUCAAAAGCAGGAAAUACGUGAGGCUGUGGAGUUGCCUUUGACUCAUCAUGAAUUGUACAAGCAAAUAGGCAUAGAUCCUCCUCGUGGUGUUUUGUUAUAUGGUCCACCUGGCACUGGUAAAACCAUGCUUGCCAAAGCUGUUGCAAAUCAUACCACAGCAGCCUUUAUUCGAGUAGUCGGUUCAGAAUUUGUUCAGAAGUAUUUGGGUGAGGGCCCUAGAAUGGUUCGUGAUGUGUUUCGGCUUGCGAAAGAGAAUGCCCCUGCAAUCAUAUUUAUUGAUGAGGUGGAUGCAAUUGCUACUGCCAGAUUUGAUGCUCAGACCGGAGCAGACAGAGAAGUGCAGCGAAUUCUCAUGGAGCUCCUAAAUCAGAUGGAUGGGUUUGACCAAACGGUGAAUGUGAAGGUUAUUAUGGCAACUAACAGAGCCGAUACAUUGGACCCAGCACUUCUUCGUCCUGGUAGGCUUGACCGCAAGAUUGAGUUUCCUUUGCCUGAUAGGCGACAAAAACGCCUCGUUUUUCAGGUUUGCACGGCUAAAAUGAACUUGAGUGAUGAAGUUGACUUGGAAGAUUAUGUAUCUCGCCCUGACAAGAUUAGUGCUGCUGAGAUUACGGCUAUUUGUCAAGAAGCAGGGAUGCAUGCAGUCCGCAAGAACAGAUAUGUUAUUCUUCCCAAGGACUUCGAGAAGGGUUACAGAACCAAUGUAAAGAAGCCUGACACUGACUUUGAUUUCUACAAGUAAUCCCAUACUUUCUGUCACCGUCCCUUUACCUUUACCUUUGCUGCUUCUUAUUCAUGCAUGUUCAACGAAUCUCUAAUUUGGCUUCAAAUCAAUAUUCUUAUUGUUAGUGUUACCUAAUUACCUUAUAUUUUGCUUUCAUGAAAAUCUUUUAUGAGUUCAA